GGGAGCCGGUUGGAAGGCGGCGCGCGAGCAGAGCCGAGGCCGCGUCUCGCGCUCCUGGGGGCGGGUCCAGGCGGACGGGGCGGGGGCGGGCAGUUUGCGGGUCAGUCCGGGACCCGCUUGGAACGCGGCGCUCGGGCAGCGUCUCGCGCUCUCUGGGGACCAAGAACGGUUCCCGCGCCCCCCUCCGGCCCAACAACUCCAUUGGCCGCGCCUCCUUCCAGCUCCCGCCGCCGGCUGCGCUUCACGGGGACCGUCAGUCCCGCCCGCCUCCCCGAGCCCGCUACAUGCUCAGACCCGCACUCGAGCUGUUUCAAGUGCUUGGAGGAAUCUCAUAGGAAGGACCGCUGCCAAAUCUGCAGGGAUUUCAGACCGCAAACUGAAAAGGACUGAGCAGCAAGACUGAAGGUCCUCCUCAUGGAGGCAGCCUUAAGACCUGCCUUGGAGCCACGCUUGAACUCCACACCGAGCAGCUCUCCCAAUCUCUGGAUUCACAGCACUGAUUGUCUUCCCCCGGUGCCUAAGAAGAAGCACCGUAAGCACCAAGAGAAGAGUCAGUCCCCGGUGCCAAAGGCAAAAAGACCGUGAGAGUGAGACCUGCUCUUCUCCCCCGGAACUGCAACUCGGGUCGCCGCAACUCCAGUGCUGCCGCAAGCUCCACUGGCACAGGAGCAGCUUCCUCAGGGCAGACAGCAUACUGCACAGUUCAUAGUAUUGUCGACUCCUGAGGCAUUCGCAGCAGCCAGGGACCUUCUUACCCUACUGGUACCGGCGUCCCCAGAGGGGCAAGACUUGGCACCACUGGGUGCCCUCAAGCAUCGCGGAGUUGUUGCCAGGACUUCACCUGGUGCCACGGCAGCUGUCUGGGAAUUGGAUGGUGUAACCCAGUUCUGCUGUGCUGAGAACCCAGCAAUUUGAAGUAAUCUGAGUCCAGGCAUCCAGGAAGCAGGAGAGGCAGUUGGAGAACAAGGGUGUAGCUUUCAGAGUAACAGCCGUGUUAGUCUGUAUUCGCAAAAAGAAAAGGAGUACUUGUGGCACCUCAGAGACUAACCAAUUUAUUUGAGCAUAAGCUUUCGUGAGCUAGCUGGAUCCAAUGCAGAUGGGAUAGCAAUGCCAACAUCAGGCAUCUCAUCAAAACAAGUGUUUUGAGGAUCUCAAGUUUCUGGGGUUGGACUGCGCAGAGUGUGGUGUGAGAUUUAGCAUAUGAUCUGAGAUUUGUGUGUCACAAAACACUGAAAUGUUCUUGGUCCCUAAUUCUGAAAUGUUUUGAGGAGAAUAGCAUGUGUGGAUAUACAAACCUCAGCUAAAAUAUUAAUUUAAGUCUUCUGUGUUUCAAAUGAGUUUCAUUCUAAGCUUAAAAGGAUUUUUUUCUAUCAAGAUGUUGAUUUCAAAAGAUAAGCUGUUUGAUCUAUAACGCAGCAUAAGAAGCUUACUGCAUAAAUGCCUUGCUGAUAGGAUCAAUUGUCUGGUUCUAAAUUAGUGGAGGAGAAACUGUAGAUGAUGGAACUGAUCAUAAGUUUGAACUUUUGAAUUUUGCUGAUGAAUGGAGAGUAUAUUUUGUUGCUAGUUUUUCCCAAUCAGCAAUUUUUAUACCGUUUUAUAUAUUUUUUGUGUCCUUAAACUGGUGAUACAAUGUCAUCUUAUGACUUUUCAUUCAGAUGAGACCAUGCUAGCUUCCUUAAAAGUGGUCACAUGUUGCUUUUUGUUAAUGUUUUUUGGAGGUCACAAACCUAUAGUCUUUGAGAUACAAAUAACACCAAAUUUUUUUGCAUCACUGAUUUAAGUGGGGCUCUUACAAAUUGAUGCUUGUGUUAAUACCUGCCUGUUAGUAAAUAUUAACCCUUUUAGUCCUUUCCUUUCUGCAUAUUUCAUUAACAUAUAAAUAAAUUAUUCUUUAGAAUCUUUGAUAUUAGCAGAGUGUGUGUUUGAAUGCUAAAGCCCAGAAUACUAGCUCUUGACCUGUAAAUAACCCUACUCAGGAAUUGUAUGUAUUAGGCUGUAUCUAAGAAUCCUUGGCAUCUCCAUGUCUGUAAAACUCCAGAUAGUCUUAGAAACCAUUCCCUUAAAAUAAAUAAAUUUAUAUAAUCCUUACAUAAGCAUAUAUAAACCUGGGAAACUGAUGACGGAUGAUUUGUUAAACAGAUGUUUCCUAUUAGGGAAUCAUUAUGAUUAUGAGGGAAGAAAGACGCACUGAAAGAUAUUAUCUUGGUGAAUUGUUAGUCCUCUCAGCUGUAAACAAUUAUGCCUUCACACAUAAAUCAGGUAAACUGAGAAUGUAUAAGAAAUGAAAUCAGAACAUAUGUUUCUUUUGGCAAAGAAUUAUAUAGGGUUUUUGUUUUAAAAACCUGAUAUAAUGACCGUGUUUUUGGAACUUCGGGAAUGAAACUGUGCUUCCCACCAGUUGCAGUGAAGAAGAGAGACAGAGCCAGCUCUUUAUCACAUCAAGGGUGAUAAUGCAUCUCUUCUUGCUGUAUUCUGUAUAGUGCUGUACUAAUCUCUGAUUGAUAAUCUUUGGUUAAAUAAUUUGUUGAGCCUGUUGUUCAAAAAUCAAGUAGUCAUUAACUCAGACACAACUCUUACUAAGGAUAACCUAAUUUUGAUUGGACCAAGUUGCACAGUAUGUUUCACACCUGAUUUGUCUAAAGAGAGAGGCAAUGCAAGGUGGAGGAAGCAAAGUUCACAAACUAUUAAGAAUCAAGGGUGAGUUUGAGAAACCUGACUUUACAGGUCAACAAGCCAUCUGAAGGAAGACUAACAUUUCAGAUAUCCUAAGAGCUUGGGGAGAAGUUAUGAUGUCAACAAACAAGCCACUGCAGGCUUUUAACCAAAUUCUUUCUCUGCACCCAAAGAACUGCUAGCAAGAAGCACUGUGCCAGGAGAACAUCACCAUCUGGAUCCUUGUCUGCAGUUCUAGCUCUUACUCUGAGAGACCAGAAGACUCAGAGCUGAAUGAAGAGUUGGCAAACCUCCUUUUGUCUUUUUUCCUUUUUUUUUUUUUUUUUAAAUUGCAGAUGUCCAAGUCUUCUUUCGUGGUGGGUUUUUUUAGGGUAGGAUGUAAAAGUGUGGCUUUGUGCAUGAUAACACCCACAAAGUCCACCUGGCGAAGGCCUCAAACGUUUUGCAGGAUUAAACAGCUUUAAAUACUUUCUCACAAAAUUAUUCAUUAAAGUGUGUUCUGUGUUUUAUGUUCUAAAGUCUUGAGAAAUUCAGAUUGUCAUUUGUAAUUUAUGAUAAAUAAGAGUUGUCAAACUUCUGUUUAUCAAAAGUGUUCUGAUCAAUAUCUCUAGGGGAAAUAUGGGGAGUAGAAAGGGUUAGCUGCCACAUAAGAACUGAUGUCUUAAGCUUUAUAAUUGGCUCUGAGAUAGUGAUUCAGACAUUAGGUAAUUUGAUUUCAUAUUAAGAUGUUUAACCAUUCAAAUUGUAGAUUUAAUUGAGCCUGGUAAAUCUUUAGUUGGGAUUUAUAAGCAAAUAGGUAGACAUCUUCUUGGAAUCCUUAAUCCUUGGAGUGAUUAACUAAUUUUUGUAUUAAUUUGAUUUGAUUUAACCUCCAAUCCAAUAUUGAGACUUACUUGUUUGGUUUGAUAGUUGCAAUGCUUUUUUUUUUUUUAGUUUAAUGUUAAUAGUAGAUUUCCUUUGUAAAUACCUUUUCUUAAAUUGAGUUUAGUUAGUUUAGUUUGUGGCUCGUGGGCUGGCUUAAAAUGGCUUGCAGGCUGGAUCCACCCCUAGAGUACAGAGUAUAUUAGAGUGAAGAUUACUGAAAUCAUUGUAAUUGUAGUGGAAAGGACAAAAAAUACUAAAAAUUCCAAUAACAGUAUUUUAUUACUCCCAAUCUAAAGAAUUAUGAACAUUUUGAUAUUUGAGGCAAAGAUAAGGCUGCUGGUAGCUUGAAAAAUCAGUCGUGGCUGGGCUCUGCCAAAAUAGGAAGUCAGUUUCCUUUUGCUUGAAAAAACUGUUCGUUUUCAGUGAGUAGCAAAUUGAAGGGAAACCACUAGUAAAGCUCCUAAAAUUUGGAAAUGGUUUGACAAAAGGAAUGUAAGAGGGUUUGAUUUAGAUAACUCAAUAUGGAAAGCGUUAAAACUUUGACCAUUCCAGGGAAAGGUUCGCAGCUUCACUGUGUUCCAAAAAUCACUCACUCACAUAGCUAUAUUUAUAUCCUACAUGUUUACAACAAUUCUGAUUGUAGACGGAGAGAAAUGUGACAGUUUUACAUGUUGCAGAUACACACUUUCCCAUUCUGAUCACUGUUUUCUGCUUUUCCACCCUUCUCCCCAAAAAGUUGCAACAAUUAAAAAAUACAACUGCUUGGUAAACAUAGACUCUAGACUGUAUUUUCAUCAUGAACCAGUCUCUCUUCUUCCCUUUCCCUGAAGUAUGGGAAAUAAAUCUUAGGAGUUAUGCAUCAUUAAUGACCUUCCUUUAACUUUUAUAGUGUGGUCAGGCCAAUAAGGAUGAUUCUGGAGAAAUGAUUUGGAGUUUUUUUAGUUGAAUUUACAGGUUCAAGACAUUUUCCUGGUUUGAUCUCAAGGCAGUUUGUUGUUGUAGCACCAUGCUGUGAUCUAUAUGAGCCACAUGACAUAUGGAUGAGGCUCUGUUAAUAUAAAGCCCUUGGAUAGAGUGCCUGAAGUUUCUGAUGAGAAACUCUAAAAACAAGACACCCAGGAGAUGUAGAAACUUCCAAAUGCAUUAAUUCAGUAUUAGAUCUGCACUUGCAGGUGGCUAACCAUAGGCCUUAUGGAGGAAGAUAAGUUCCUUGAGCUCUCUAACAAAUCAAUCUGCUACCUGAAGAAGCAGAACUCUAUGUAGGCCAAGGGUGACAUGUAUAAGGGGACAAAAUUCCCUUUCCUUCCCCACUCGCUCUCAAAAGAGAGAAGCUUUUAGGUUUAGAUGUUUUAAAGGAGAAAAGGCAAAUACAAAAUGGGGUUAAUAAGUACCAAUGAUGGUGAUGAAAUAAAGUGGUAAUCUUCCAAGAAGAUAACCAUAUUUUCUAAAGCACUAUUAAACUAAAUAAAUCAAAGCCCAGUUAAGCUAUAUGGUCUGUUUUUUUGACAGUAUCUUGAAGAGCCACAGCCUGAUAACUUAACUGCAAUUUAGAGAAUACUACCUGUCUAUAUGCAUGAAGUAGUAAACUAUGGAAGGGGAUGGACAAAUAAAACUCCACUGGUCUAAAUGUUGCAUUUAUUAAAAAAACAAAAACAAACCAUAAACAGAAGCUCUCAAAUUAGCUUGAGGUAAGCACAGGUAAUAAAGUUAAAAUUCCUUUUGACUAGGGGCUGCUAUUCUCAACUUCUGUUGGCUUCUAGUGUCUAAUAAUUUGUUAUAUUGCAGAUUGUAUGAAGAGGGGAAGCCUCCUGUCCGAAAUACCAUCAGAGUACUGCGAGUGGAUGACCCUUAGGAAUUGAAAUAUAAAUUGGAUUCCCUUUGCCUGUCACUAAAUAACACAGUUACUUCAAAUCAGAAUUCUGAAUUUAAACUCAACAGAAAUAAAAGCAACACCAAGAAAGGAUGGACUGGAAUGUAAGACCACCCCAAAACGCUGCUAAUCAGAAUAACUUGCAGUGUCAAAAUAGUUUGCAAAGUCAAGGAAUUCAUUUUUCUCACAUGUUUUCUAAUGCAUGUGCUUUCCCUCAGACAAGCACGUACUCUACUCAGAAUGCUUGUACUUAUCCUGGAAGUAACCAGACAGUAUUUCUGCAGUCUAACAACAUGAACAUGGUUACAAAUAGAUUGCCUUUUCAAAAUACUGAGGGAUACAAAACAUUGCAGCAAACAUUUCCAAAAGAAUCUGUCGCUGGUGGAGCUUUUGUUACCUCACAACGUUCAUUUGAGAGGCAUCCACCUUCACGUGUACAAAUCAGGCAGCAUGUCCCUAAACAGGCUACACAUGUGCCAGUAGAGACUACUCUAAAUCUUUGGCCAAACUCUGUGUCCAACAUGCAUGUUUUUUCCCAAUCAAGAAUAGCUCCUGCAUCAACACAAACAAACCCUGCAAACAAUGUACAGAGUAUACCUCAGAAGCCACAGAAUCAGUAUGUGACCACAAAUGCCUAUCCUAUACAGCCUCAAAUAGCACAACCUGAUUUUACAAGAACUGUGAUGUUUUAUAAAGGUAACCAAGCAUGCAAUACUUCUUCACAGGAACAGCCAGUAGAAUGGGUACUACAAUAUAACUUGAAUGGGCCUGCAUCUUCUCAACAAUGUACUACAGUACCUAUUAAUCAGUCAUCAAAUGAGUGUGUAAAUUCUCAACAGAACUCUUUGGCUUUUGCUUUGCCUACACAACAUCUCCAGCAACAAGUACACUGUUCAAGCACUACAUUUCAGGAUACACAUUCAUCAAGUCCAAACACUGCAAUAGGUGUCCAAUCGCAACAGUAUGCAUCGGCACAAAUUGGCUCUGAAGAUCAUAAUGGAAAUCCUCCACACUAUCCUUCUAGUUAUGAUUAUAGAGCUACAGCACAAUCUUUGACAGGUCUUCAGCAGGUAGUUCCAAGUAUAUCUAAUGAACAUAUCCAAAACCAGCAGAAACCUAUGUCAGAUCAAAGUAAUGUUUCUUACAUUAAAGAUGUACAACAGCACUGGCAGAAAAUAGAGUCUGGAGAAACCAGUCAGGGAACUGGAAAUGUAUAUAAUUUAAGUGGAAAUAUGACAGCAAAUCAGUCUUUUAAUGAGCCCGCUAAGCCUUCAACAUACAUUUUAGAAAGGUAUUUUAACAGCAUGCAAGAAGUUGUGACAGUUCCUUCUGAGCCACCGAAUAAAAUAGCUUCAGUACAAGAAAGCCCAAUGAGUGGUUCAACAGAUUUGCCCGAUAAUUCUAAAACUAUUUCAUCAACAGAUGGUAGAUUGAAAGUGACAAAAGAGAGUCUGGCUGUGGAAGCUCAGAAACUGUUGGACAUUAAAAAAAAAUAUGCAAUACUUGAAAGGGUUUUUUUAAUAAAACAAAAACUCUUGGCAUCUUCAGAACAUAAUAAAAUGACAUGUGACCUUCCUCCACAUAAUCGAAACACUAACCUUAAACUUUUUCCACAUGUGGCCAAUCAGACUGAAACAUUUUCACACUCUGGUACAGUGGGAAUGAAGAGUCAACAACUGCCAUUUCGUCAGUCUUCACUUGAAGAAAGAAACGACAAAAACGUUACCAAUGCUGGCAGUGAAGGAUUAGGUAAGACUCAGAAUAGUCGUUGGAUUAACCAAGGAAAUUCUGCUUCAAGCUCUGUUUUGAUUGCCUAUCAGGAUAAACUCCCAGUUCAUUUAAAUAAUCUUGAGAAAAAUUCAGUAUUAGGCCCAAAGAAUGCACCAGCUGCAGGUCCUACUCAAGAGACCAUGAAAUGCACUGAAAACACUUCGGGUUUUACCAAACUUAGUAGCUCAGACAGAGUCCUACCAAAAAAUAUAUCGGUUAGCACUGGGGAAGCCUCGCUUCUCCACUCUGUUCUAAGCAGCAUGAGUAUUUUGCAAGAAAAAAAGUCUGAUGCUCUUGCUAAUAAAAUGCCUAGCCUCCUUCAGAAUGAAAAAAUAACUUCAAAUUUAACACUCUCAGGAGGAAGUUCACUGGCCAGCAAAAGAGAAGCAAAAGGUGCUGUAGAAACCGUGCAGUGUUCCACAUCUGCAUGUCCUAAAUUGGAUCAGCACUCUAAAGGCAUUUGUUCUCAGCCAACGGAGAACACCAAAACUUUGAACAAUGAGAAGAUACUCAGUACUUCUCACAUAAAUCCUCUUGCUUCAGAAACAGCUAAACUAUGUGUAACUAAUGGUUUACCUGAGAAUACACCACCACCAGUUGUUACUGGAAACUCAUUUUCUAAAAUUAACAGCUGUACUACUUCUAUGGAAGAGAUAGCAGCAUGUCUUGCUUUGUGGAGAAAGUGUCCUUCAGAAUCUGUGGAUGUUCAAUAUAGUCAGUCAAAUAAAAGCAUAGAGUCAAAUCUGAUUUCAUCACCUUAUGUAGGAUUUCAUGAUCAGAGUACAUGUCAUAUCUUGGAAAACAACCAAACUGCAGUAGCUAAAGGCGACCUAAAUAAAGUUACAGUAAGUACAAAUGAAACAACUCUGUCUUCUACAACUCCUUCUGCUGGGCAAAAACAUGAUACGCUGGGUUCCAACUUGAUCAAGGGUUCUGAACCCCAAGUUGCUGUAGUUUCUCCUUUGAUACUUUCUAAAGAGAGAACUUCAAGUGAACAUCAAGAAAAAAAUUCAAUAUUUUCUGCUGAAAUAAUUUAUCCAGUGAUUGAAGGAGGUAGUGUGUGUAGUCUACAAGAAGAUAAACAAAAAGAUGUUUCUGUAGUGGUAAAUACCAAUAAAGAGAUAGUAGAAACUACUUACUUACUAUCAGACAAAUGUAUUCCAAUACAGAAAGUGGAUUCAGAUAUGCAGUGCACCAAAUCAGCUAAUGGAAACAAAAUAGUAAAAGAUGCUGUAAAUUCAAACUGCUCAUAUGAUGUAAACAAAAGGAAAGCUGAUCAGUUUGCACAAGAAGUGAAAAAAGCUAAUAUGCAGCUCAGUUUACAAAACAAAACUUCUCUGCCCAAAACAAGCACAAAUGGUUCUAGUCUAGUGUCUCAAGAAGAUCUAACAAAGAAUAAAGAUUGUGAGGACUUUGUAGAACCAAGGGGCACUACCACGAUUGUAUCAGAGGAUGACAUGUUACAGAUUUCCAGUGUCUGUUCACUUGUUGAAAGUGAUGCAUCUUAUAAUUCACAAAUAGCCAGUAUGUUCAGUUCUGUCCCUUUCAUGCAUUUAGCGAAAAAUGGUGCCUUGUUAGAAGAAAAUAUCUCUAAUACAAAGCAUAAAGAACAACAAUUGGACACAUGUAAAGGAGAAUCUGAAAUGAAAACCAAUGUGUUUGAGGGGGAGAGUUUUCUGCCAUUGCAAAAAACUCUGUCUAAAUCAGUUUCCACAACAAAGCCAUUAGGAGUACCAAGUUUAGAGACGUUUUCAUGUGAUACAAAGCAGUGUAAUAAAAGGAUUUUGGAUGAUGUAAAUGUAAGCAGUUUGGAGGAAGAAAAAAAUGAAGACACUUCUAAAGCUAUUUGUAGCUCGGAACAAAAAAUGGUACAAAAUAUAGUUUCCAGGAAUGGAGAAAACACUGUUGAUGUUAACCAGGAGUUGAUCAGAAACAAACAAGACCUAUCAUUUAAUGUAAUCUGUGAAACAGAUGUCUAUUCUACCGCAAAGGAAGAAAAUACACAAGAACAUAUAUCCAGGGAAGGUGAAAAUACAGUGGAUGAUGGGAUUAGUGGUAAUAGAGCAGUACCUGUAACCUUUCUAAAUGAUCAGCUGACUGAACUUUUAAAAGAGUUUCCUUAUGGGAUUGAAGGUGCAGAUGUACUGAUGAAAGAGCUGACUAAAAAUGAAGAUUCUGUGAUUGAGCCAACAGAGAAUCAAGUUGAAAAAGGAACUCAAGCUAAUAGCAAAAGCUGUGAUCCUACAGACCCAAUAGACCAAAUAAAAAUCACAAUACUAAAUUCGGAGCAAAUGAAAGAACUGUUCCCUGAACAUAGUCACCAAUCCUGUAACAAAGUCAUGGUGGAAAACACUGAAAAUCAACAACUGGAAAUCAGUUCAUCAAAAAGAGAGACUUUAGAAAGCCAUAUCCAGCCAGAUCGGAAUCUAGGCAUGGAGAAGGAAAAGAAUACACAGGAAAUCACAACCCCAAAACGAGAGAAAAAAUAUACAUAUUGUUGUUUAAUGGGUUGGUUAGCUGCAGUUUAUGCAGUGCCAGGGUGCUCAUGCAAAUCUCGAGAGGAUGUUACUUCAGAGAAACAGGAUGGUGAGAAUCAGUGUUUAGAAUCUGAAAACACUGGCUUUAAAGGGAGACAGGAAAUGACUAGUAGAACUGGUCGUAUAACAAAGACUAACUGUACAGUGGAAAACAACCUGCAGCUUCCUGUCAAAUUACAUGAUACAAGCAAAAAUCUUCCCACAGUAGACAAAGAGAGAAAAUAUGCCCCAAACUCUACAACAAACAAAGAUAUUAAGCUAAAAGUAAGUAACGAAUCAGCUAAAGCACACCAAGAAAUAAUCAGAUCUUUUCAUCCUUCUGAGGAAAGAGAAAUUGAUAAAUUCAAAAGAAUAAAUGGCCAGUGGAGGGGAGAGUUGCAACUCCAUGUAUUAACUCCCUCUUCAGGGAAAGAAGUUUGGACUACUGAAACAGAUUCUCAGAAAUGCACAAGGGAGGAAUUUGCUUCAGGAAAGGUCCAUCAUACAAAUGUAGAACACUCGAUAAUAUCAACUAAAAAAAAAGAAAAAGUUUGUAAGAUGGAAUCUUUUGAAAAAGAUCAAACAGAAGGCUUGGCCAUGAAAUCCAAGACACAUGUCCACAAUUCAAAAAUUUCAGAGACCAUUGAGGUCAAACAAACUAAAAUAUAUGAAGAACAUAAAUAUAAAAAGCUUGAACAGAGUGCAGGUGAAGCACACAGAGUUAAAAGACAUAAUUACACUUUUAGCAAGAACAUACAAAUUAAAGAGAAGACAAAAUUGUCAACAGAAAUAAAACAUAAGUCGGAUAAUCAUGGAGCCACAAGAAAAUCCCCAAAUGCAAGCUCAAGAAAGUAUGAAUAUUCUCAGCAUAAGUCUAUAAAUGUCCUACCUUCACAGGAACGUUUGUACAGACGAAAACGGAAAGAAAAUAUGAUUGGGAAGAGAGACUCAAAAAAACCAAAAUUGGAAAGUGAAAGAAUCAAAUAUGAAACAAACACUUUUGAACAUACGGGAUAUAAUAAACAAACGACUGAUGUGGCAUAUUUUGAGAAGUCUGCGACAUCGAAAGAAGAAAAUGUCUGGAAAUAUAAGAACUUCUUAGCAAAUCAUAAUUAUAUCCCCAAACCACAAGACAAAAAAGGGCGCCCUUCUAAAAAGUCUAAAACCUACUUUUCUGGCAGAGAGAAAGACCUGGAUGUUCAGAACAGAGAGAAACAUUCUGAAAAAAAUCCACAGUAUUUAAAUAGAAAAACUAGUAGACUGAAAAUUUUUCUUCAAAGAGAACAACAAAAAACCUAUCUGAAUAGAGUUGCGUUUAUACGUACUGCCCAAGAAAGCAUUUGUCUGACAAAACUAGACACAUCACCUGCCAAACCUGUAUGGCAUAUAAAAUCGUCAAAUAAAGUUCCAGAGCCCCGCCAGGACUGGAAAACUGAUAGCUCACCUUCAGAAGAGGAUAAAUUACACAGACCACAAAUGCUUGAGUUUAAAUUGUGUCCAGAGAUACUGUUCAGAAAUACAGCUACUGAUGGAGAGAGUUUGGAUAUUGCACACUCUUCUGAAAGAGACACAUCCCUUGUGGCAGGGGUCAAAAGCAAAAAGGAAGAUUGGUUAAAUUACAUCCCAAUGAAGCAAAGAAAAACUGAAGGAACAGCUCAAGUUGAUGAUAAUAUUCCACUUGAUGCAGCAAUAGAAAUCCUGGAAGGAAAUGAGGCUCUUCAUGUUCCAGUCAGAGACUCGAAAGCAAUGUUUCAGACCUACAGGAAAAUGUAUCUGGCAAAAAGAAGCAGAAGCCUAGAUGAUAGCUGUUCAAAAUAGGUCGUCUUUAGUCAUAAACCAACAAAAAUGCAUUUGUGCGAACUAAAUUUGUGUGUUGCUGAUCUUCACUAUACAUUUGUUUUUUGUUAAGCAAAUAAGAUCUUAUGCUGAAAAUGUCGGUGUUAAAAAUGUUAUCCCUUUUCAAAUAUAUUUGAUAUUUUUUUCUUUUUCAAACUACAGGCUUUAAUUGAAGCUAGCAAAAUCUCAAGAGCAUUUAAACCAUCGAGAUUGUUGUUUUAUCAAUAGAUCAACUGCUUUACUUUCUGGUUCUGGAAAAUCUCCUCUCCUCAGAGACUUUCCAUUGCUGGCAAUGGAAAUAAUAUGACCAGUGCAAAGGGAUCAAUGGUAGAUUCCUAAGCAUUACAUAAUAUCUUCUAUUUAUGCUGUUCUGAUUAGUUCUGUUUUUAACAAGGCUUUCUUAUUUGAGGCCAGGUAGGGGGGAAGGGUGAGAUGUUAGUAUUUUUUUACAUGGCAGACAGAACAAUGUAACAAAGUAACUGAACCUGAGCAUACUGAUCAAGGGAUACCAUGAAGUAUUUAUGCUGCUACUCAGUUUUACUAAACUGAACUUUAUAAAACUUGUUAGAAAAUAUAAGGGCUUGUCUACACUACAGUUUAAGUCAAUGUAACUUACAUCACUCGGGGUGUGAAAAAGCCACCCCCUAAGUGACACAAGUUACAGCGACCUAAGCGCUGUCCAGGCUAGUGCUGUAUUGGCGGGAGAUGCACUCCUGGCAACAUAUAUCUUCCACCUCUUACUGAGGUGGAGUAAUUAUGCUGACGGGAGAGCACUCUUCUGUCACCGUAGCGCGUCUUCACCAGAAUGUAGUGCAGUAGUGUAGAUUAGCCCUUAAUCACUAAUUCCUGAUCUUAACUUUGUACUGCAAGUUGAUGACCAGCUGAUGCUUUUCAUCCUUAAUUUAGCGUAAUUUUCUCCUACUUUCUUUAUAUUUGAAAGAAAAGGAGCAGUAGUUGAAUUCUAGGAAGUUUGAAUUCAUGUUGUCUAAGCUAUUACAGUCACUGGUUAAAGUGAAUAAAGUGGAUUUCUAUGUUUCUAAGCUACAUUAGCUAAUGUUUAAAACUACACACACACUGAUGGAUUAUAUUCAUUAUUGUUUUUUGUUCCUUUUGCUUACAAUGUUCAGAAUUUUGAAUUUAAUUGUAUUUUUUCAGAAUUUUUGGCAUUUGAUUUUUUACAUGUUUAAACCUUUAUACUGAAAAUAUAGCCAGUGUGGAUAAUUAACUGAACCUUUUUCAUAUAUUAAAUAAACUUAUUUUGAGCAUUA